UAGCAUCAGGCAAUUCCUGCUCUCUGUUUCUUUCUCUCCUCUGUCUCUCCUCACACUCACGGCAUCCUCAUUUUUCCGCUCACGUCUAGUAAGUUCACCUGCUCUCCCUUUCUUGUCCUUCAUCCUCCUCUUUGUGGGCUAUUUCAGUGGACUCUGUGUGUUCUUAUGGACUAUCAUUCGCUUCCUCCCAACCUGGUCUGAGCAACAGGGGGGCUUUCCAGGCACCAGCACUCCCUCUCUCGGUUUUCAUCCCCCUCACUGGGGGAGGGGGGGGGGACUAAGGGUGGGGGUGUAUAGCACCUCCUGGGGCAGUGUGGGGGUAAUACGGAGGCGGAUAGGUGUGGAGGGAGUAGGAGUGUUGAGGAUGGUAAUGCCGGCCCGUGGCUCUCCCUUCUUCCUGCUGCUACUGCUUCUCUGUAGGCUGUGUGUCUCAGGGGCACAGCCCUGCUUCCUCUUCUCGUCAUGAGCCUUGCAGCAAGGGUCUCCUGCUCUGUGCUCAACUGCUUUGGUGAAGAAGGACCCCCCAGUCUGGAGUAUAUCCAGGCCAAGGACUUGUUCCCUCCGAAAGAGCUGGUCAAGGAGGACGACAGCCUCCAGGUGCCGUUCCCAGCUCUGCAGGGGGAAGGGGUGGAGUAUCUAGGCCGAGCCGAUGACACCAUCAUCGCCAUCUCCAACUACAGGCUCCACAUCAAGUUUAAGGACUCCAUUAUAAAUACCUAUCAAGGUGUGGACAAUCAUAUUUCUGUGCCUCUGAGGCUCAUAGAGAGUGUGGAGAGCAGAGACAUGUUCCAACUGCACAUCAUCUGCAAGGACUCCAAAGUCGUCAGAUGCCAUUUCUCGACAUUCAAGCAGUGCCAGGAGUGGCUGAAGCGUCUGAACCGGGCCGUAGCCCACCCUGGCAGGCUGGAGGAUCUGUUUGCCUUGGCCUACCACGCCUGGUGUCUGGGGGGCAGCGCAGACGAUGAGGACCAGCACCUACAGCUCUGUAGACCAGGUGAUCAUGUCCGUCAGAGGCAGGAGAUGGAGGUGAGGAGGAUGGGCUUCGACAUGCAAAACGCCUGGAGAGUAUCCGACAUCAACCUCAACUACAAGUUGUGCUCCAGCUACCCCCAGAAGCUGCUGGUGCCAGUGUGGAUCACAGACAAGGAGCUGGAGAGUGUCGGCUCCUUCAGGUCCUCCAAGAGGAUCCCUGUGGUGGUCUACAGGCACCAGAGGAAUGGGGCAGUGAUCGCCCGUUGCAGCCAGCCAGAGAUCAGCUGGUGGGGCUGGAGAAACACAGAGGAUGAAUACUUGGUCACCUCCAUCGCUAAGGCCUGUCUGAUGGACCCAGGGGCCAGGGUCACCUGUGGGGCCGCAGCCUGCAGCCGGCCCCGAGGGGAGGGCCCAGACAGCUCCGACGGCGACUUUGACUCCUCUCUGACAAGAUGUUCAGGCCCUGAUGCCAACGCUGCGCCACAGAAGCUUCUCAUUCUCGACGCCCGCUCCUAUACCGCUGCAGUGGCCAACCGCGCCAAGGGAGGUGGCUGCGAGUGUGAAGAGUACUACCCUAACUGUGAGGUGAUGUUCAUGGGCAUGGCCAACAUCCACUCCAUUAGGAACAGCUUCCAGUCCCUCCGAACAGUCUGUAGCCAGAUCCCUGACCCUGGGAACUGGCUUUCUGCUCUGGAGAGCACCCGUUGGCUGCAGCACCUAUCCGUCAUGCUGAAGGCUGCCACUCUAGUGUGCUCUGCGGUGGAAAGGGAGGGACGUCCUGUCCUGGUGCAUUGUUCAGACGGGUGGGACCGCACCCCACAGAUUGUGGCUCUUGCCAAGAUCUUGCUGGACCCCUUCUAUAGGACACUAGAGGGUUUCCAGGUACUGGUGGAGACAGAGUGGUUGGACUACGGUCAUAAGUUUGGCGAUCGCUGCGGUCACCAGGAGAGUGCUGAGGAUGUGAGUGAGCAGUGUCCUGUCUUCCUACAGUGGCUAGACUGUGUUCACCAGCUGCUCAAACAGUUCCCCUGCUUCUUCGAGUUCAACGAGGCAUUCUUGGUCAAGCUGGUUCAGCACACAUACUCGUGCCUGUACGGGACGUUCCUGUGUAACAACGGGCGGGAGAGAGAGGCUCGCAACAUCUACAAACGCACCUGCUCCAUCUGGUCUCUGCUCCGCACCGGCAACAAGAACUUCCAGAACUUCCUUUAUAUUCCCUGUCAUGAGAUGGUGCUGCAGCCGGUGUGCCACACCCGGGCCCUGCAGCUGUGGACGGCCGUCUACUUGCCCACCUCCUCCCCCUGCACCGCUGCCGAGGACGCCAUGGAGCUCUACCUGUGCCCCUGCGCACAGGGAGAUGAGCUCACCUCACAAUCUCUCGACAGGCUUCCUAAGUCUCGCUCCAUGGACAACCUGGUGUCGGCCUGUGAGAACGGGAUGGCCCUCACCCGCACCUCCAGCGACCCCAACCUCAACAAGCACUGCCAGGAGGGCCGUACUGCCCAUGGCUUGGAGCCUAUGGCUGCUAUAGGAGGAGGGGCUGAACCCGAUAGCCCUGAGGACGUCAGCCCUGACACGGGAUUGGACGACAAUGACUCGGAGGUGGAGCCUGUCACUCCGACUCCUCCUACCACACCCUUGGAGAUGGAGCCAAGGGAAGAGGGAUUUGAGGAGGAGGAGUUGAGGGAGGAGAUUUGUCUGACGACACAACCUCUGCCCUACCUGCCCCUCCCCCCCGUCACUCUGGAGAAGGGCUUCCCCACCCCACCCCUCUCCCCCUGCCCACACCCAUUCUCCUCCAUUCCCUCCCCCAGACCACCAGCCCCCAUUGCCCUCCACCUCCCUUGCCACAACAGGCGGCUGACAGCCGCUACAGGACUGCUGAGGUCACUACCCACACUGCCCGGGCAGCAGAAGCAUGCCUACCUUCCCCACCUGCUUGGAAGGGCCAACUACCGGCAGCUGUUCUGA